GGGUGUUGUUCCGGACUGGGCGCUUCCCUGCCUAUGGGAGAACCAACCUGACCACACAAUUUCUCAGCAGCUGGCCGAUGGUGAGUUGGAAUCCGCUUCCUGGAUCUGGGGACAUGCAUGACCAACAACAACACUCAGAUGGUGAUGUGUCACGGUUCUGGCGUCACGCGCGCCAUAGGGAUUACGCUCGAUUCUGUCCUUAACCAGAUCCUGCAGUUCAUGCUGGCGAAUCCGUACGAGGUCGUCACGAUGGAAUUCAACGAAUUUGACGGCAAUGCAACCGUGAUGGCCAAGAUAAUCCAUGACAAGGUGUUACAGUACUUUACUCUUCCGUCAGGACAGCAGCUGAUGUUCUCGCGCAAGAGUCUAGAGGAGCCUUGGCCGACACUGCGUGAUCUAAUCCUGGCAAACCAGAGACUUAUGAUCUUUAUGAGUGACCUUUAUUGGGCGCUGGAGCCGAAACCCGAAUGGGCGAACCAGAAGGAUACAUGGAAGCAAGAUGGGUUUGCAUACACGAGCUUAGACACGCAGCCGGCGCAGCUAAACUCGACCUAUUUUGACUACUGCACAAAGGGACCACCCACGGACGGGUCAUUUAUCAAGUGGCAGCAGAUCGACAUCAACCUUUCAAUCCUAGAGGAGGACAUUGUCAACUCGGUGAAGCAGGGCAAGAUACCGCAGCUGUGCAUUGGUCCAUUGGCGGUACAGACUAACUCAGAUAUGCUGGAUAGUCUUGCGGACUUUUGCUACUCUAAAUGGCCAUACUGGUUCCGGGUUCGCGUGAAUGACUACUGGGAGGGCAAUCUCUUCAAGGUCGUUAAUCGCUUUAAUGAUAUGAACGUCGCUCGGGUGAAGGCAGGGGACUCCAUUACGCCAUACUAGGCAUAGCCGAGCCAAACUAGAAGUAGAAUGCAGAGAUAAAAAACACAAUAGGAAGCACAAAAGGUAUCGAGAAGAA